AUGUGGAAGCUGACGUCACGAUUCCGGGCACAUACCAAUUCGACCUCAUGGUUGGUCCGAAACUUCAGUAGCAGAGACCCCACCGGUCUCUACGGCUUCGAUCAUCUGAAAACAGCCAAAGGGUUUCAACGUUUCGUCGCUGAUGCCAUUGAAAGGUCUGGGGAGUUAGUGAGCUACAUAUCAGGAAUGCCUUCUUCUCCUGAGAUUAUUAAAGCCAUGGAUGAGAUUUCAGACACUGUUUGUUGUGUUGUUGACUCUGCUGAACUCUGUAGACAAACCCAUCCUGAUAGGGAAUUUGUUGAGGCAGCUCAUAAAGCAGCAAUGGACAUGAAUGACUAUCUACAUCAACUUAACACAAAUCAUACUUUGUAUGCUGCGGUGAGAAAAGCAGAGCGAGAUUCCAAUUUGCUUACAGAAGAAGCAAGUAGGACAGCUCAUCACCUUCGUAUGGACUUUGAACGUGGUGGCAUUCAUCUAGACCCUGAGAAGCUAAAUAAAGUGAAUAACUUAACAACCAACAUUUUUCAGCUGUGCAGUGAGUUCAGUGAAAAUAUUGCUGAUGAUCCUGGACAUGUUGAUAUAUUUCCAGUGUCACGCAUCCCUCGACACCUGCACCAUCUUCUCAGCCCUAUCUCCAGAUUCACUUCAGGAGGGUCUAAAAGAUCAGCUCACACCCCGAAACAGAAGGGGUUUAGAAUACCUACUGAUCAACGAACCCUUUCUUCCAUUUUGCAAUGGACAUCAGAUGAAGAGGUUAGAAAAAUGGUGUAUAUUCAAGGGAACUCUGUUCCUCACGCAAAUCACGGUGUUCUUGAGAAGCUUAUUGCUUCACGCCAUGAGCUUGCCCAGAUGAUGGGGUGUAAUUCUUACGCUGACUUCAUGGUGGAGCCAAACCUAGCCAAAUCACCAAAGGUUGUGACAUCGUUCUUACAAGAACUGAGCAAGACAGUCAAACCAAAGGCGGACGAAGUUGUAGCAUCAUAUUUUCCUCUGCCUCAGUGUAUUGAAGGCCUGAAAGUGCUUGUUGAAUCAUUAUUUGGUGCAACAUUUCAUACCGUUCCUCUGGCCCCUGGCGAAUCCUGGCAUCCAGAUGUGAUCAAAUUGUCUCUUCAUCACCCUGACGAGGGUGAUCUGGGGUAUCUUUACCUUGACUUGUACUCACGAAAAGGCAAGUACCCUGGUUGUGCCAGCUUCGCAAUCAAAGGAGGACGCAAGAUUUCUGAGUCAGACUACCAACUUCCUGUUUUGGCUCUCGUUUGCAAUUUUUCACGAGCUCGUGAUUCCUCAGUGGUGAAGCUUAAUCAUUCUGAAGUUGAAGUGUUGUUCCACGAGUUCGGCCAUGCUCUGCACUCUCUGCUCUCACGAACGGUUAGCAGUACAGGAAGCUAA